ACAGUAUCUACACCCAGUUCGCCGGGGAUUUGCGUGGAAAGUGAAGACGCGGACCCUCAGGCCGCUGUUCCCAGCGCGCAGCCGCGGCGGCAGCCUUGCUCCCGCCCCCGCCGGGAGUCCGACGUGGAAGUUGCUGGCUGACCAGGCUUCCAAGGAAACCGCCUCGGAGCUGGAGACGGAGCUGGAGUGCAGGCCUAGGCGAGGGGCGGUGGCGCCGCCAAGGCUCGAAUAGGAGUCGUUGCCAAGGCUGGGGCCAAUCUCUAACGAUCGACGAGGGCGGAGAGGAGGUUCAUCAUGGGUGGCUUUUUCUCAAGCAUUUUCUCCAGUCUGUUUGGAACCCGGGAAAUGAGGAUUUUAAUUUUGGGAUUAGACGGAGCAGGAAAAACUACAAUUUUGUACAGAUUACAGGUUGGAGAAGUCGUAACCACUAUUCCUACCAUUGGAUUUAAUGUUGAGACGGUAACAUACAAGAACCUUAAAUUCCAAGUCUGGGAUUUAGGAGGACAGACAAGUAUCAGGCCAUACUGGAGAUGUUAUUAUUCAAACACAGAUGCAGUCAUUUAUGUAGUAGACAGUUGUGACCGAGACCGAAUUGGCAUUUCCAAGUCAGAGUUAGUUGCCAUGUUGGAGGAAGAAGAGCUUAGAAAAGCCAUUUUAGUGGUGUUUGCAAAUAAGCAGGACAUGGAACAGGCCAUGACUCCAUCAGAGAUGGCAAAUUCGCUUGGGUUACCUGCCUUGAAGGACCGAAAAUGGCAAAUAUUCAAAACUUCAGCAACCAAAGGCACUGGCCUUGAUGAGGCAAUGGAGUGGUUAGUUGAAACAUUAAAGAGCAGACAAUAAUUCAGUCACUUCUGUUCCUCUGAAAUGAAGACCACAUCACGUAUCCCUUUGGAAACAGCUAAGUGUGCUUCACACUACAAAAUGUUAAAACUGUAUGAUCGCUGGCAUAUACCGAACUGACUGCAACAUUUGUAAUAAAUAUAACAAAUAAGUGUCUGGUUGGAAGGGUAACUCAUAGUGAUUGAACCCACUGAAAGUCUGUUCUGUAUAAUGUAAAAUACUCCUUCCUUGCUUUCUAGUGUUAAGGUAUAUAGUUUAUUUGUAUGGAAUUCUUAUUUAGAUACAGUUCCAUUAAAGAAUGUACUUAUUAAGGAAAAAAACCUUCCAGUUUUUAAAUUAGUGGUUGCAGCUUGUUUGUAUUAACACUAAUAAAUAUCUUAACUCAGAUGUUCCCCCCUAAAAUGAAUUUAAAAGGUUUUCCAAAGAUUAGGAGCCAUAGAGUAGGCUAGGAACCUAGUGUGGGUAAUUUUAGUCCUUAUUUGCUUAAUGACCACUUUAUUUAAGCUGCUUUAUUUAAAAGCUUUCGGUUAUAGGCAUGAGUUGAAGUGAUUAUUCUGGUGGUUAACCUCACUGACUUGUCUGUAGUUAUCAUUUUUUAGUAUCUAUAGUUAUUGGGACAGUUUUACAGAUAAUGGAUCUACGAAGCUAGGACAGGAUGUAAUGUCUUCAUCUUUAUAGAUGUGGACCCAGGGUUCUAAUAGGCUUGUCCAAGGUUACCUGCUAGUGAGGUGAGUCUCAGAUGAGACUUCAGGGUCAGAAGCUUGUCCCAUAAACUAUAUCAUGAAUUCCUAAAAAAUGCCAACAUUAUCAACAGAGCUCCUUAUAUUAAAAUUUAUGCUAAUUGAAGUAGACACGGCACAUUCAAAAUAAAGUCUAGUGGAGGUAGUAAAAACAGCCCUGAAUGGUUGUAUUUGAUGGAAUUCACAACAUACUAAAGAAAAUUUCACAUUAAAGGAUUUUUUUUUUAAAGAGCUAUUUUAAGAAGCAUUGUAAAGUAUGUCUUUUUGAUUUCUUUUAUCUACCUGUAAUUGGACCUUUAAGUUUGAUUGGUGAAAAGUCAAACUCUUUUUGGUUCUAUAAGGAGAAAUUAAGUACUCCUGAAGUUUAAAUUUAUGCUUACUGCUGCUAGGUAUCAAAAACAAUUGAACAAAAGUUUUAAGGGAACUUUUCAAACUACCCAGUCUGCUGCAGGAUUGGCUACAACAUGGCAGGUAAAUAGAGUCCUUAGUAAUUACUAAAAUUAGGGGGAACCUUUUUCAUUUUUCAAUUUGGACAAGCAGUAUUUAAAAAAUUAGUUGCCAGUAAAGAGAACUUAAUACCAUUGUGCCCCUCAGGUCUCAGGAAAACUAGUGGUUCAUUUCCUGUCCCUGCCAUUGUCCUUCCAGAUGUUGGCCUCUGGCCGCUUUCCUUCACUUUUGGUCAUUCAGCUCUUCACCCGUGGGACUUAUACUCUUAUCCCCCAGGACCCUAUCCUAAUAUUAUGUUUUCUUGGAAAUAUUUUUUGGAGACCUUUCUCUAGGGACAAGUGUUCCCAGUGCACCUAAUAUUACUCACUGAGCAUACAACUAAACAUUGGUUCAUAGUUUCCAAGGCACUCCUGAGGGACAGACUUAUUCAUAUUUAUAUAUUUAGAAACAAGUAUGGUGCAUGGCGCAUUUCGGCACCUCAGAAUAUGUUCAUGGUUGGGUUGGGUGUGUAUCUGUUAGCUAGGAAAAGAGUACAUCUGUAAUUUAUACUUGGGUCCCUUUCCGGCCAGUGGCCCACAUAUCUAGUGCUGGGCUUGUACUCCAAUGGCUAAGUACUCCCAAGUAGUUGAGGAGCACUGUGAAAGUGGAGGAUGGGGAGGUGCAGCCCUGGCACCAAAGGCGAGCAGUUGGAUGAUUCUGAUCCCUCUGGUUUGUUACAGUGAACAGGCUGGGGUAAAUACAUAAGGUGUACACUUAUUUUAAUAUGCUAUGAAUUAUAAAGUAUUUGUCUAGCAGGAAACAGUUGUACAGGUACGUCACAGGAGUUUGAAGUUCUUAUUUAUAAAAAUCUACGAGUAUUGUUUUGUGGGAAGCCUGAAAACAGGAAAAGCACCAAACCAGAAAUCAGAACACAUGAGUUCUAGGCACAAAGGGCCAUUCCAUCAGUUUUUUUUUUUUUUGUUUUGGACAAAUGAUAUCAGAGGUUUCUUUUAGCUCUAACAUUCUAUUUUAUAACUCUGGUUGGUAGUUGUGCAGUGUCAUGUGAUCUAUAGAAAAAAAUGAGAAAUUGAGACUGGUGGAAUUCUGUAUCAGGAUACCUGAGAUGCACUUUAAAUUGUGGAAAUGUAAGCUCCUUGAGGGCAGGGACCACACCUUAUUUACUGUUAGAGUCCCUUGCAUCUAGUGUGGUGCACCGGGCACAUACUAGGCACUCAAUAAAUAUUUACCGAUGAAAACAAA